AUGCAGCUGAUCAAGGCACUGAAAGGACACACGGACCGGGCGUGGGCAGCGUCCGUCCACCCCAACCUGCCUCUUCUGGCCACGUGCUCGGGCGACAAAACUGUGCGAAUCUACAACACAAACAACUGGGAGCUGGUGACGACCAUCACCGAGGGCCACAACCGAUCUGUGCGCUCAGUGGCCUGGAAGCCCAGCGGCUCGUCCCCGUCGCUGGCGCUCGGAAGCUUCGACUCCACAGUCAGCAUCUGGGGCAAAGAGGACGACGAGUGGCAGUUUUUGGCGGCUAUUGAGGGCCACGAAAACGAGGUCAAGGGAGUCAGCUGGUCAUGUGACGGCCAGCUGCUCGCCACAUGUUCCCGAGACAAGAGUAUAUGGGUGUGGGAGGCUGACGACAUGAAUGACGAGUUCGAGUGUAUAUCUGUGCUGCAGGACCACACUCAAGACGUGAAGCAUGUCGCCUGGCACCCUUCAGAGAUGGUGUUUGCCAGUGCCAGUUACGACGAUACCGUGCGGCUAUGGCGCGAGGACGACGACGAUUGGAUCUGUGUUGCCGACCUCGGAGGACAUGAGUCCACUGUUUGGGGGUGUGCUUUUGAGCCCUCUGAGGGUUCUGAUCUCAGACUAGUCAGCUGUUCGGACGACAAAACAUGCAUUGUGUGGAAAAAGGAGGGACAGGUUGGAGGUACAGGUGACCACUCCGGCAUCCGACCUGCUUUCCGGGCUGAUCCUCUCUCUGAGGAGUGGAUUCAGCAGGCUACUCUGCCUGAAGCACACACUCGAGCCAUCUACUCUGUUGCAUGGAACAAGAACGGACGAAUCGCCUCCACCGGUGCCGACGGUAAGCUUGUGGUCUACAAGGAGAACGGUCCUGGCCAGUGGGUGGUUGAGUCUGAGGUCGAGAACGCUCAUGGUGUCUAUGAAGUGAACGAUGUCGUUUGGUUGGACGACAAGUUGGUUACUUCUGGCGAUGACGGAGUUGUGAAUAUCUGGGAGGUUUGA